AUGUCGACCGCCGGCCCGGUACGACCUAUGCAGGCUCUGCGCCAGCGUCGUGAGUCGCAGCGGCCUUCUCAGCUCCGCAGCAGCACCAGGAAUGCACAGGGUGAUGCUGAAGAGGCAGCGGCGGCGGACAAGGUUGUGGAAAAACCACUUGUUGUAAAUGAGCAGUACAUAUUGAAGAAAUUCAAGGGCUCGCCGCCGUCUCUGAUUGUCCACCUCCACCAGCAUCAUUUUCGCUUCGAGCAGCAAGAUGGCAACUUCCCAUACAAUUCUCCAAUGCGCCCGCUGCUGCAACACAUUCGGGAUGGGACAAUACCGCACUUUAUACUGGAGGAAAUGCUGCGCGCUGGCGUCACGUUCUACGAAGGCUGCCUUAUCGUCCAACUGGUUGACCAUCGCUCGGCCGAUGCCAAAACCCAGGCCGGAACCACGAACACCACUUCUAAAGAAGGAAAGACCGACCAGUUCUCUAUUCAUAAGUGGAACGAGUAUUUGACUCCAUCGCCAUGGAGGCCCUACCCUUCGCCUCCCAAGUCGUCUUCCGACGAGUCCACACCCCCGAAGUCCGACCAGGCAAACCGUCCAAGCUCGUCCGCGGGCGAAAAUAAAACAAAAUUCGAAAGCCCAUCGGUUGAUGAAGUAAAUGCUGCGAAUAGAAGCCCUAGGGUGACCACCAAGGUGCUGUUUCCGACACCGCUAUCCUACCAGACCGAACUCGAGCUGUUGGCAAACACUCCAAUGCCGGAUCUUGCUGCGGCAAGAAGACAGCAGUCCAGGGCAGCAGCUACUCCUCUUUCGGCGCACCCGCCUACGCCAUUGACAUCCAUGCCUCCGACACCUUCUACAACACGUGGGCCGGCACCCAAACGACAGAAGAUGAUAUUGGAUGAGACCAAUGUGCACGAUUUCGAGGCCGAUGUGAUCAAUGCAGCUGCUCCUGCGCUUUUCUUGGAACCUGUCCAUAGCUUGUUGGAAAGCCAAGAUAUAAUCGAGGCCACCACCCAUUCCAUGCACAGAAACGCCCCGCCACCUCCCAAGACGCGGAAGCGGACGACGGCUGAGCUGGCGGCUGACGAGGCACAGUUUGCGGCCGACCAGAACUUCAUGCUGUUUGGGGACAGCUCUGCGUCAACCUCUAAUGCUGCACAGAUGAAUGGCGAUGGUGAAGGUAUGCGCAGCGGAGCCGCCGCCUUCGAGCCUCGCUUCUCCCGUUUCAAGACUUUGGAAAACAUCAAGGCUGUCCAUGAAGAGAACGAACGCAUCAAGAAGGAAGAGGAAGCUCGCCAGGCCCAGCUCAAGCGGGAGCAGCAGGCGAAUGCAGAAGCAAUGCGCAGGAGAGACGAAGCCAGUGCCCAACAGGCCGAACAGGCCAGACUCCUGGCGCAACGGCAGCAGCAGCAGCAGCAGCAGCAGCAGCAGCAGCAGCAGCAGCAGGUCAUGCAGGCAGAGCAAAUGCGACGUCAAGCGCAAGCUCAGGCUCAGGCUCAAGCUCAAGCUCAAGCACAGGCUGCUGGGAACUCGAUUGGAACCCCCCUUCAUACUCAAUUCAGUCAAGCUCAGCAGAAUUCCCCAAUGGUCCGCCAACAAACGCCUAUGCAGGCUUCACCGGUAAUGAACGCAAACGCUGUCGCAAACCACGCGAUGGGUGGUGUGCCAAUGGCUCCCACUACUUCCAGUCAAGCAGGCAGCCCGCCACGCCCGCCUUCUGCCGUUCCUCACUCUGCAGGCCCGCCGAAUAUGGCCCGACAGAUGAGCCGCCAACAGAGCAGUCAACAUCCAGGAAGCGCUCAUGGAACUCCUCAAAUGCAUUUGAACACGCCUCAAAUGAAUCAAGCCAUCCCUGUCACCCGUCACAUGACGCCACAGCCCGGUCGCGUCAACCAGCACGGCAGCCCAGUUGGUGCUAUGCAGGGCACUCCUAUGCUACCCGGAGGUGGACAGAUGCCACAGAAUCUGACGCAGGACCAAAUGAUGCGCAUUCAUCAAAUGCGUCGGAACCAGAUAAUGCAGCAACAACAGCAGAACGCUGCAAUGGCUGGCUCACCCCAGAACAUGACACCAGAGCAACUGCAGAUUUUCCGGCAGCAACAGAUAGCCCAAGCUCAAGCUCAGGCGCAGAUGGCGCACCACAACGGCCAAGGUUCCAACAAUGGUACACCUACGCCAUACAACGCACAGCUAGCUCAACAAAUGCGCCAACAAAUGGCUCAGUCCGCUUCUCCCAACCCCGGGCAGCAGCAAGGCCAACAACGUCCCAUCGGCCAGCAGGGCAUUAUGAGUGCAAACAUGAACAUGGGCGGAAUCAAUUUGGCAAACAUGACGCCCGAACAGCAGCAGCAGUUCCACCGUCAACGUUCGCAAAUGAUUGUCAAGCGCAUCUUGUCCCACUUCAACGGCAACAUGCCUCCGCAACUCCAACAGAUGAUCCGCAGCGGUCAAGUCAUGCAGGCCUGGCAAAUGGUCGUCGCCCAACAACAGCAACAACAGGCUCAGAACCAAGCGAACCAGCAGCAGCAACAACAACAGCAUGGCGCCCAGAACAGCAUGGGCAUGGGAGGGGGCAUGGGCCAGAUGAACAUGGGCGGCAUGGGCAUGGGCAUGGGCGUUUCGAUGGGCGGUGGCCAGAUGAGCAUGGGCGGCGGCGUCGGCGGCGUGGCGGCGGGCAUGAAUGGCAUGGGCGGCAUGGGCGGCGCCGGCAGCAUGACGAUGCAGCAGAUGCAGCAGAUGCAGAUGCGCCUCCAGCAGCAACAGCAAGCGGCCGCGGCCCAACAAGGCGGCGACGGUGGCGGCCAGCCGAACCAGCAGGCGUACAUGGCCCGCCUCAUGCGCCAGCAACAAAUCCUCGCUCAGCGUCAGGCCCAGCAACAACAACAGCAGAACAUGAUGGGCAUGGGUGGCAACAUGGGUAUGGGCAUGGGCUGGCAGGGCGGCAUGGGACGUGGUCAAGGCGGCGGUAUGGGUUAA